AUGGAGUGGAGUAGGAGAGCUGUCCCUGUCUCUGACAACGUGGCAUUGAGAGGAGUGGCUGCUCAGUCAUCACAGUUUUCCGAUCGCGAUGCUCACUAUGCAAUCGAUGGGUACAGAAACACAAACUAUGGAUCCUGCACCCACACUACACAGCAGACCAACCCCUGGUGGAGAGUGGACCUGCUGGAUGUGUACAAAGUGACAGCUGUCACCAUCACCAACAGAGAUGAAGUUCCUGAGAGGCUUGAUGGUGCUGAGAUCCGUAUCGGUAACUCACUGGAGAACAACGGCAUCAACAACCCCAGAUGUGUUGUCAUAUCCCACAUCCCAGCAAGAGAGACCUACACCUUCCAGUGUAAUAAGAUGGAGGGUCGCUAUGUUGCUGUGGUCAUCCCUGUCAGGUCAGAAUGGCUCACUCUGUGUGAGGUGGAAGUAUUCGCCACUGUCAAAACUCCAGAGUCUUCCACAGAAGCCCCCAAGUCAAAGAGAACGGUGGUGAGGAUGAAGAUCCAAUCAGAUGCUGAUCUGACAAACCAGGCAGUCGGUGACCAGCUACUACAGCAGCUGCAUGUAGAGCUCGUGAAGCAGGGGGUGUCUAACUUUCAACUGCGCUGGAGGACUCAGCCAGAUGGACAGAUUUUCCACCGUGAGGAAGAAGAGAAGGAGUGUGGACCCUCACAGACAGGUGUCUGUGGAACUGAAGGGGGCUAG